GCUAGUCUUCCUUCCGCCCGUCAACUUCGUUCGCCGGCUCCCGAUGCGAAUUUUCUAGAUUGAAAGCAGAUAACCUAAAACCGCUCUGCGUUUCACUUGUUUUAAUCUCUGUCAAACGGCACAAAUAAUCCAAAAAUGGCAUCUGCGGCAAGGAAACUGAUUCCUCUUUUGGAUCGUGUUUUAAUUAAACGCGCUGAGGCUGUAACCAAGACUGCGGGAGGUAUCGUGCUUCCUGAAAAAGCACAGACCAAAGUUCUUCACGGUGAAGUCGUCGCUGUGGGACCUGGUGCAAGGAAGGACAAUGGAGAUUUCAUCCCCCUGAUGGUGAAAGUCGGCGACAAGGUGCUUCUCCCUGAAUACGGCGGCACCAAGGUCUCCUUAGACUCCGAAGAAAAGGAGUACCACCUCUUCAGAGAAUCGGAUAUACUGGCGAAAAUCGACAACUAAAUUAGUGAUAGCUUUAAAAUUUUACGUGGUUCGAAUUGGUUAGUUAUAAAUACUAGAAAUCGUAGUGUAUGAACAUGUGAUUGUGUAAUAUGUUGGUUGCUAAUGAAACAUGGACAUAAUGUUAUCUCCGUUGCAUUUCUUAUUAUAAUACUGUUACUAAAAUUUGUUGACUAUUA